CCCCAGCCUACAUCGGACCCUCUGGAUCCAUUGAAUUGGUCCCGACACCAAAAGCACACCAUUCUCGGCAUCGUGAUGCUCAAAUAUCUCCUUUUCACGUACAUAACGACCACCACCGUUCCCUCGUUUCCUGAGAUUCAGUCUGAGUUUGCCAUCAAUUACGCCCAGGUGAACUGGACCGUCGCCAUUCCAGCGUUGGGCCUCUCAGUCGGACCGCUGUUCUGGUCUUCUCUCAGCGAGAUAUACGGUCGUCGAAUUGUCUUCAUCGUUGGAACGACUAUUGCAUUGGUAUCGACCAUUGGAGCGGCAGUGGCUGAUAGGUAUGACGGGUAUAUGGCUGCUCGGUUCUUCCAGGGAUUUGGUACGAGUCCGGCGUCGACAGUUGGUAUGGCAGUG